UGACGGUUGCUGGUGGACAGUUUUCCCUCCUCGCGGACGAAGCUAAGCUGAUGUUCAGCUAAACUCACUUCCUUCGCUGAACAUUUCGGACUCCGUGGCUCUACCACCGCGGGAGGACGGCGGACAGAGAGACCGGACACCGCUAACUGCGCUGUUAACGAAGACUUAUGCGGUCCUGCUAGCAGGCCAUCAUGUUCAACAAGUCGUUUGGUACUCCCUUCGGUGGAGGGACGGGAGGGUUUGGAACCUCAUCAACCUUUGGUCAGCAAAACACAGGUUUUGGGACGCCGGGAGGCUUCGGGACGUCUGCGUUCGGGACGACCACCAACACUGGAGGGCUGUUUGGUUCCACACAGAAUAAACCAGGUGGUCUUUUUGGCUCCAGUACCUUCAGCCAACCAGCAACUUCCUCCACCAGCACCGGCUUUGGUUUUGGUGCAGCCAGCGGCACGUCCACCAGCCUGUUUGGCAACACCGGAACAGGCACCAGCGGCGGACUUUUCUCCCAGCAGAACAAUGCCUUCGGUGCCAACAAGCCCACCUCUUUUGGAAGCUUUGGGACGAGCACCAGCAGCGGCGGGCUGUUCGGGUCCACCAACACCACCUCCAACCCUUUCGGUGGAACCAACUCGCUGUUCGGAGGCUCCGGGUUUUCUGCCGCACAGCAGCCAGGAACCACCGUGAAAUUCAACCCCCCAACUGGAAGUGACACGAUGGUGAAAGCAGGUGUGACCACGAGCAUCAACACAAAGCACCAGUGCAUCACCGCCAUGAAGGAGUACGAGAACAAAUCCUUGGAGGAAUUGAGGCUGGAGGACUACCAGGCGGGCAGGAAAGGUCCGACCAACCCGAUGGCUCCAGGGACCGGCGGCCUGUUUGGUCCGGCCACAGCCACAUCCAGCGCCACGACUGGCCUGUUCGGCUCUGCGGCCCCCAACACCAGCUUCUCUUUCGGCCAGAACAAGAGCACCUUUGGAGGCGCCACCGGCGGCUUCGGUACAACUACAGGAGGUCUGUUUGGCGGUCAGACCCAGCAGCAAGCCGGCAGCCUCUUCAAGCCGUUCGGUCAGACCACCACCGCUCAGAGCACCGGCUUCUCCUUCGGCAACACCAACACCAUGGGACAGGCCAACACCAGCAGCAUGGGUUUGUUUGGGAACACGGCAGCGUCUCAGUCCGGUGGCCUGUUUGGCACAGCUCAAACCAGCACCGCCACCGGUUUUGGGACGGCCACUGGGCUGUUCGGCCAAACCAACACUGGGUUUGGAAACGUGGGCACGCAGCAGAGUCUAUUCGGCAAUAAGACGGCCGGCUUCGGCCCCACCACCACCAGCGCUCCGUCCUUUGGCACAGGCACCGGGCUCUUUGGAAACAAGCCGGCCCUCACGCUGGGAACCGGAACCAACACCUCCACCUUCGGUUUUGGGGCGAACCCUGCUGGAGGGAGUCUGUUUGGGAACAAGUCGACCACCGGGGGACUGGGGACUGGACUGGGAACCAGCUUUGGAACAGCAGUGGGCACAGGACAGACUCUGUUUGGGAACAACCAGAACAAACUGGGCACCACACUGGGAACGAUGGGAACGUUUGGAACCACGGGAUUCAACAGUGGAACGAGCACGCUGGGCUUCGGAGCUCCACAACAACCUGUUGCCCUCACAGAUCCAAACGCUGCCGCCGCCCAGCAGGCCAUGCUUCAGCAGCAGCUCAGCGUUCUGGCCUACUCACCGUACGGAGACUCACCACUGUUCAGAAACCCGCUGUCAGACCCCAAGAAGAAGGAGGAGCGUCUGAAACCAACCAAUCCAACGGCUCAGAAGGCCCUGACCACGCCCACCCACUACAAGCUGACGCCCCGUCCUGCGACCAGAGUCCGGCCCAAAGCGCUGACGUCUUCGGGCGGCUCUAAGUCGCAGCUCUUCGACGGCCUGGAUGACGACGAGCCGUCGCUCACCAACGGAGCCUUUAUCCCGAGGAAGAGCAUAAAGAAACUGAUGCUGAAGAACCUUAACAGCAGUCAGUACAGCAGCCCGAUUAACAAAGAGAGUGACGACCUGGCCUCGCCACCGGAGUAUCCACAGAACGGACACAGCCAUGUGGAGGAGGAGGAGGAGCUGAGGGAGGCGCCGGGACCCAGCGGCCGGCCGGACGACGACCCGGAGGUCACCCACUUCUACGUCAACCCCAUCGCCAAGCCGAUCCCUCAGGGCCGAGCCCAGACCAGUCUGCAGGACACCAUCAGCGACCUGAACAUGCACAAACCGUCCAGGAACGGCCUGGAGCUGAGCAACGAUGACGUGUCGGCGUCUCUGGGAGAAGAAUCUCUGCAGGAGGAGAGGGAGGAGGAGCAGCUGGAGUCCCAACAGUCUCCUCAUCCUGCAGGCAUCGUUCUGAACCGUGUGGGGUAUUACACAAUCCCCUCCAUGGACGACCUCGCUGAGAUGGUGGACGAGAACGGAGAGUGUGUUGUAGAAAACUUCACCAUCGGCAGGAAAGGUUAUGGCUCCAUCUUCUUCCCUGGCGAGGUGAACGUGACGGGACUGAACCUUGACGAGAUUGUCCACUUCAGACGUAAAGAGGUGAUCGUGUACCCAGACGACAAGAACAAGCCGCCAGAGGGGGAGGGGCUUAACAGGCGAGCGGAGGUGACUCUGGACGGUGUCUGGCCGAACGACAAGACAACCUGCACUCAGAUCAGAAGUCCUGAACGCCUCACCGACAUGAACUACGAGGGUCGGCUGGAGAAGGCCUCGCGCAAGCAGGGAGCCCGUUUCCUCGAGUACCGGCCCGAAACCGGCUCCUGGGUGUUCGAGGUGGCCCAUUUCUCCAAAUAUGGCCUCCAGGACUCGGAUGAAGACGAGGACGUGCCGCCUAAAGCCGACCCCAAGAAGCUGAAGACGACGAUGACUCUUCCUCCCUCCAGGCUGCAGCAGCAGCUUCCCCCCUCCCAGCAGCAGGUGGCGCCACAGGCUCAGUCCACGGUCGUCAUGGAUCUUCCGGGCGGCGUCUCGGAGCUGGACAGCGACAUGGCGGACAUCACCCAGAGCUACCCGACGGACAGCAUGCUUCGAGGAGAGGAGGACGGCGACCUGCCGGCGGGUGAAAUGGACACAACGGCCGGGAAGCUCGGAGGUUUUGCGUCCGCAGAGCACGACGGUGUCUCCACAUCUGGCCACAUUGCGUCCUCGUUUGGCAUCAACCCGCACACGCUCCAGAUCAUGAAGGCAUCUCUGUUUGCUGAGGAUGAGGAUGACGGUGACAUGUUCCAGGACCAGGCAGUGAUGAAGAUCUCCUCUGAUGUCUCGUCUCCUCGCCUCGUCCUGCCGGGAGCUCACGGCCGACCCUCCGUCGGCGGUCUCCUUCAGGCUCGUUUCACCUCCGGUCUCCUCUCUCAGCUCUCAGACUCUCCCUGCCCUCCUCUGCCGUCAUCCCGGGCGUCUCCGGCGGCGAUCGAACCCUCACGCUCGCUGCAGUGGGCGGGGCCAGGACCCUCCUCUUUCCUGGUUCCUCCCAGGACUCCGGAGCCUUCGAUCAGGACAGUCGGGGUCCGGCGGCUGGGCGGCCCCGUCCCCAUGAAGGAGUCGGUCACCCAGGGGAAGGGAGCUUUGCUGAUGGACACCGGGCUAUUUGCGGUCCGUUCCUUCCGGGUUGGUUGGGGUCCUGGCUGGACGUUGGCUCACUGCGGCAGCCGGCUGAGUUCACCAACAUCCAAACAGCUCGAGUACCAAGAACUGACGACCAAGACCGACUUCAGCUUCCUGCCUAAACCUGCCAAGAGCAAACCACUGACAGAAAGCCCCUACAAGGUGGUGCUGGAGCAGCUGGUGGGUCUGGAGCCUCCACAGGGGAAGACCAGUGAGGAGGAGGGGGAUGAAGAGAGCCAGGCGGUGCUGCAGCGCCCCCUGGAGAUCUGCCUGAAGCACAGCACCGUCAGCACCCCGGACGCCUCCGCCUGCCCGCUGGUACGACCGCAGCUCGGUGUGGCGGCGCUGCACGAAUACGCCGAGUGGAUCACAGAGCUGAACGACAAGCAGGGAGACGCAGAUCCCCUCCUGGGUCACUGGGCCGAGGUGUGGACGCUGUGCGAGGCUCUGUGGGGUCGGUUGGGCCCCACGGAUCAGGAGCCCGACGUCGAGGCACCCAGUGAGUACGAGCAGCAGCUGGAGAGGCGGCGGACCUUCUCAUCCUGGCUGUCCCACGGCGCCACCUGCAGGGUGGAGGAGGAGGUGGCUCUGGUGGGGAAGGGGUGCCACACGGAGGCCAUCUUCAGCUACCUGACAGGAAACCGCAUCAGCGAGGCGUGUCGACUCGCUCAGAAGGAAGGAGACCACCGCCUGUCCCUGCUGCUGUCCCAGGCCAUGGGUUCUCAGUACUGCCGGGACCUUCUGGCCCUUCAGCUGGCCGACUGGAACCGCAUGCAGACAGACUGCUACCUGCCUGAAGAACGACUUCGCAUCUUCACACUGCUCGCCGGCAAGCCUGUGUGGCAGUCGUCUGAGUCUGUGGUGAACGUUUGCUCCGAGUUGGACUGGAAGCGCUGCCUGGCCGUCCACCUCUGGUUCAUGCUGCCUCCGACCGCUUCUGUGGCCGACGCCCUCGCCAAAUACGAAGCCGCCUUUCAGGGCUCCUGUGAUAGCGGGAAAUACGCCUGCGCCCCUCUGCCGCCCUACUUGGAGGCAGAUCAGCCAGAUUUGGAGGAGGAGGAGGAGGAGGAGGCUAAACGGCCGCUGUACGACACCUGCUUCCACCUGCUCAAACUCUACAGCGACAGACACUACAGCCUGCAGCAGCUGUUGGAUCCUCUCACCGUCACCUGGGAGCGUCUGGAUUACCGCCUCAGCUGGCACCUGUGGGGCGUCCUGCAGGCGCUGCACUACGGCCACCUGAGCUCCUCGCGGCAGGGACUCCUCCACGCCAGCUACGCCGCCCAGCUGGAGAGCGCCGGCCUCUGGCACAUGGCCGUCUUCAUCCUGCUGCACAUCCCCGACCACAGCCAGCGGGAGCGAGCCGUGAGGGAGAUGCUGACCCUCCACUGCCCCCUGCAGGAGACGGACGAGUCGGUCCGCAGGGAGCGCUUCCUGACCGAGAGGCUGCUGGUCCCAGAGCGCUGGAUCCACGAGGCCAAGGCCACCCGGGCCAGACGCGACGCCGACCGGCACCAGCAGGCGCUGCACCUGUACCGGGCCGGAUACUGGAACCAGUGCCAUCGACUGCUCAUCCAGCACCUGGCCUCAGACUGCAUCAUCAACGACAACCACGACUACCUGCUGGAGUUCCUGGAGGGUCUGGCGGUCCCUGAACACAGCGCCACCAUCCAGGACUGGGACACUGCAGGGAGGGUUUACCUGGACUACAUCAGGGUCAUCAAGACUCUGCAGGACAUCCAGCAGAUGGAGACCGCUGGCUACGAGCUGGAGCGUCUCUACACCGACGUGACGUCUCUCUGCAGCAGAAUCGAGCUUCUGCCCUGCAGCACCGCCAGAGACCGACUCGCCCAAUCAGAAAUGGCGAAGCGUGUGGCCAACAUCCUCCGUGUGGUUCUGAGCCUUCAGCAGGGCGACGUGGCGUCCGACUCGCUCGGCGUCCCACUGGCUCAGCUGGCGCCACACAUCAGCCGCCUGCCGAUGCCGGAGGACUACACCCUGGAGGAGCUGCGAGGCCUCACGCAGUCGUACCUGCGGCAGCUCAUCGUCAGCCAAUGACGGCGCAGAGCCGGGGCAGGAAGUGAUGUCGCACCGGGGCAAACAGGAAGACGGUCUUAGCUGCUCCAACGUCAUGAAACCCUGAUGCAGAGACUUCAAGGAAAAGAGCUUCUAAAUAGAAAGUUUAGUUCAGCUGUGGACGCCGUCUUCCUUCAGCCUUUUAGACGCCGUCAACAGGAAGUGACUGGAUUUCAAAUUAACAUUCUAGUGAGGGAUCAGCUGAGUCACCUCACAGUUAAAUACUGCUGGAGAUCAGUGGUUCUCAUUAGAGAACCGACAGAAGAGUCCAGCAGAAAACAUUGGUUUUCUUUUGACUACAGUUUAAUACAAAAGAUGACGUCCUGAAAUGUCUCAUUUUAUCCAAACAACCAUUAAACACAUAAAGUAAAUCUUCUAUUUUUAUUCUUUUCCUUAGAUUGAAUUCCUCCAAAUAUUAUUUAAAAGAAACACUUAUAUUAAAAAGAAAAACUCCUGUGUAGAACUUGUAGCUGCUGGUUUCCUCCCAUCUCUGACUGAAAAUCACCUUGAAUGCAUGAAGACUGUAAAUUUAUAGCAGAAAGUUUGUAAAAAUUUGACACGAAAAUGCCUCAGAGCUCAUUAAAAGUCUUCACCGAUUUAAAAACGAGUCUGAAAACAUCACAUCUAGAAUCACAUUCUCACAAAAUAGGAUGGAAAAAUUGACGUCAGCUUUGUUUUCUUUUGGUUUGCUGCUGUUUUUUAGUGUCCAGUUUACUGAUGUUUGUUGGAAUUAUUGUGAAAUGAAGCCCAGAAACUGUCAGAGAAAUGAGAUCUAAGCAUCAGUGCCAGUCUUAAAGUCCUGCUUUUUGUUAAAUUGGUUUCAGUUGGAUAUUAAAUUGCCUCUAAUUUCUUCAGGAUAGUUAGAGCAGCACAAAACUAAACAGCAAGACAUUUAAAGCCACAUAAUUUACUGUAAAUGUUCUUCGUGUAGCUGAGCUGAUUUUCAUUCUGUGCAGAAAUGAACGGAAACCAAAGUAAAACCUCCAGAAACCUGUGAGGCCUCCAGGUUAACAGGAAACAGGUAGAGAAGGAGUUGAAACUUAAACAUGAAACUGCAGGUUGGAUUUCAACCAGAUUUACUCUCAUUUCCAGGUUUAUUAUUUGGAAGUUCUCAUCGAUAACAGGAGCGUUUUCCUUCUUCUCUGCCUCUGUUUGAAAAGUGUCUUCAUAUCUUCAAAAUAAAAGUACCUGAAUUACUCGUCUGACCCUAAACAAAGCGCUGCGUUCUUGAUCACCGCCACUGAUUUGGUUUCAAAUAAAGUAAAUAAAAGCAUCUGUUAGCUUAGCGACGGUAGCUCCUGUUCAUGUGUCCAUAUGUGAAUAGAGACGGUCUGUAAUGUUAAAGAAGAAGUGGUGAUGGUUCCUCAACAUGCAAAGUGUAAAAUGGUCUAUUUUUGUAGAUUUCUUGUGUUUUGUUUGGUCUGAAUGUGAACCAGAAGUGAACAGCAGCAACAGUUUGGUCGUCAGGUUUUCUAAAGUGAAGAGUUUCCUUCCAAAACGAGCUGCCAGCUGGAGAUUUCACUGCAUGUAAUUAUAUAAAUAUUGUAUAUUUUUGGAAGUCAAACAGGGAACGUCAGGUCAUUUUUAUCCUCUACCUUUAAUUAUCAGCAAAUUGGAUGCAAAGUCUUUUGAAAUGAAACCCUUCACUUAUCGAUCGAUUGAUUUUGUUGUAGAUUAAGUGUCGGCUUGCCAAGAAUGUGCUUUUGUUGUUUUUUUUUUCCAUUUUCACCAUUUCUCUAUAUGAUGUCAGAAACAGUGUGUGUUGUUCACAUGGAUGGAUUUUGUGUUGUGUGUGUGUGUGUGUGUGGCUGCGUGCAUGUCAGGAUUCUGUUGAUAUUUUUUAAUAAAGGCAAGUAGAAAUAAA